AUGAGUGAGGUUUUCUUGAAGAGUUUGAAAUCGAUUGCUGUAGACUAUUCCUGGAGACGGCUGCAGAUGACGCAGUGCCGAGAGGUGGUGACAGGAGUAAAUCAUGGAGACAUAUACCUGCAUCAGCCCUGCUAUUCCGAGCAUCCCGAGUAUAUGGCGCCAGGCAAACAUAGCGAGAUUCAGUUUAUAGACGCUCUGAAGCCGAGGUCACAGCAGCGAGCACACGCGCACGCAGCCCGUGUCGCCCAUGCUAGGAGGAGAGGAUGCUUCCGUAUUAUAGAAUACCCCUCCGAAAAGAAUAGGCGGAUAGCAGAAGAUAGUGGCAGCAUACCGUCAAAGCGAAUUGAUUGGUCUAGGUCUGGGUCAGCGCCCUCCGAACUGAAGGCAGAGGCGACAGCUACUCUGCUUAUGCCAAGUCCCAUCACCCAGCUGUCCUCGGACCGCAUAUAUCCGUUCCCAAGCUCAGCGAGAUCCUUCAAUCAGGUGGAGCGUUUUCUUUUCAGCUAUUAUUUACAAGUCGUAGUUCCGGAUCAAAGCAUCAAUUGUCAUAUGCUCUGGCAUGGAGGGGAGUACUGUGAAGUCAUGAAUAAAUCAUGGACACCGCUUGCUGUCUCCAGAAAAGACUCUCUCGACAGUCUAUUUCUCAAUGCGUGCCGUUACCUAUCGCUAUGCUCCGAGCAGCAACCGGAACGGCGGCACUAUUACAUGCAGCUAGCCACUAGGUACAAGCUGUCCUGUAUGCGAGCUUUAAACGAAGCUAUCUCGUCCGAAAUUUCAGCGUUGAUUACCGACACCACUGUUGCGACGGUAGUAAUGCUAGGGUUCGAUGAGAUUCUUCUCGGCGAUAUCCCCAUGUCUAGACAGCAUGCGCUAGGUGCGCUGCAAAUGGUGAAGCACAAUGGUGGAUUCCAGACAUUGGGUCUGAAUGGCUUUCUGGAGUACCUCGUUGAAAAGCUUUGGAGCGACGUACACGACCGAAGCUACCAGAACCGGUCCUAUGCCGAUGAUAUUGACUCUGUGUUUGAGGUACCCAGUCAGCAAUAG